AUGAUCGCGGGAGCCGAGGAGCAGACCAGGACAUUGCACGAUGGAGGAAGUGAGCUGGGGCCAAGCACAGCAGCCACCGGCCUUCCGGCGGCGAGCCACCAGCGGGCAGACGACGGCGCCCCACCACCCGACGCCGACGCGGCCACUCCUGUAGCUGCUGGCAGCGGCGGCGGGGUGGAGGUGCCAGCACAGGCGGUCGUCUCGCCACCCCUGGCAGGCCGCAGCAGCCCGCGCGUGCUAGCCAGCAGCGGCGGCGACGCGGCGGCGGGCCAAGCGCGUCUCACCAGCGGCGCCGCCAGGCGCUCUGCCCGGCCGUCCAGCAUGAGAGCACUGCAGCUGGGCAUCAGCCGCGGGAAGGACGCAGCAGUGGAUCCCAGCCGCAGCGACAGGGGCGGCAGGCCCGCCGCCGUCGCCGCCCCAGCACCAGCACAGGCAGCGGCAGACCCCUCUCCGCCGCGCGUGUCCCGCUACCGCGGCGUGGUGUGGCACAGGAGCAACGGCAAGUGGGAGGCUCGCAUCCACGAGGCCGGCAAGCAGCGGUUCCUGGGAUACCAUGCCACAGAGGAGGCGGCGGCGCGGGCCCACGAUGAGCAAGCGGUGCGGGUGCAUGGGGACCUCAGCAAAGUGAACUUUCCGGAGCGAUAUGCCCACCUGGGGCAGCCGACGGCGGCGGCAGGCAGCGGCGGCAGGGCCCGCAGCCGCAGCCGCAGCCGCGGCAGCCCGCGCCGCUCGUCCCGCAGCCGCGGAGGCGGCGCGGCCGGCGGCGGCAGCGGCGGCAGCACGCCGCAGAGCGCCGUGCCUGCGGCCGCCUCCCGCCGCAGCCCCUUUGCCUCUGCCGCCGCCGGCAGCGGCGACAGCAGGGACGCUUCGCCUGCUUCCGCAGAGCAGCCCUCAUCAGCAGCGGCCGCCACCGCAGCGGCAGCAGCAGCCGGCACCCCCACUGCUGCACCUGCGGGUGCCACCUCAGCGUCGCCGCCAGCUCCAGCCACCGGCAGCGCCCUGCGGCAGCGGCCCGCAAGGGGCGGCGGCGGCGGCCGCGGAGGGCCGCGCGUGCAGCCAGUCAAGGGCUCCUCCCGCUUCCGGGGCGUCUCCUGGAACAGCAGCUGCGGCAAGUGGCGGGCACAGGUGUGGAAGGGCAGCGAGGUGCACCAUGUGGGAUACUUUGAGGACGAGGCGGAGGCCGCCCGCGCCUACGAUCGAGCCGCGCUGCGCAUCAGGGGCCCCGACACACCCACCAACUUCCCGGCGAGCGAAUACGUGGAUCCAGGUUCGGUAGGGGCCGCAGCAGAGGCCCCUGCUGCUGCAGCUGCCGGCGACCCCGGACAGCAGCAGCAGCCGCAGCCGGCGCGGGAGCAGCAGCAGCAGCAGCAGCAGCAGCAGGCGGCGGUCAAGGAAGAGGAGCAUCUGGGCGCUGCGGGGUCUGGCACCGCGACUGCGCCGCCGUCGGGGCAGGCAGCUACGGCCCCAGGGCCGCCCGCCGGCGGCGGCGGCGGCGGCAGCAGCGGCUCGAGCUACCAAGGGGUCAGCUGGGACCCGCUGCGGGCGGGGUGGGUGGCGGAGCUGUGGACGGGCACGCAGCGCCGCCUGCUGGGCGUGUUCCCAAGCGAGCAGGAGGCGGCCCGGGCGUACGACCUCGCCACCCUGGCGGAGCAAGGCCCCCAGGCCGCCACCAACCUGCCCCUGGCCGGCUACGACGCUGAGCUGGCGGCAGCGGCCGCGCUGCGCACGUUGGGCCGGGAACCCGUGGCCCACACGCCGCCGCCCCAGCAGCUGGGGCAGGACGCUGGCGGCAAGCAGCAGCAGCAGCAGCAGCAGCUGGGGGUGGGCGGGAGUGGCCAGGGCCUGCCGCCGCCGCAGCAGCAGGAGCAGGGGUUCGGGCAGGCAGGCGGCGGAGGUGCUGCAGCAGCAGGGCUUCAGCCCAUGCAUGCAGACGGAUCGUCUCCCCCCAGGGACGCAGCCGCCCUGCUGGCAGAGGUGCCGCCGCUGAGCCCCGGACUGGCUGCGGCGGUGGCGCUGGCGGUGCAGCCGCUGCCCUCCUUCAAGCCACUCCUCGCCACGCCGCCUCAGCUGCCCUCUGCGCCCGCAGCAGCGCAGGAGGGGCCGCCCGGGGCUCCCACAAAGGCAGGGGCCGCUCCGUCGGCGGCAGCAGCGGCAACGGCGGCAGCAUCUAAGGUGCCGCCGGCCGGGCGAGCAGCUGGGGCACCAGCAGGCGCCCCCGGCGCGGCCGCGGCAGCGGCGCCGGCCGGCCAGAGGGUGGAGGCCCCCGCUGGCGGCAACGUGUCGGCACAGAAUCGCUGCUGCGGCAGCAACCGCGGGCUGUCGGCGUACAACGGCGUCAGCUGGGACAAGCGCAAGCAGCGCUGGUUCUCGCAGAUUCAGCAGCACGGCAAGCGCCACUUCCUGGGGUACUGCGACAGCGAGGAGGCGGCGGCGCGCGCGUACGACAGGGCGGCCGUCAGGCUGUACGGCCCGCAGGCCCAGCUCAACCUGCCAGAGAGUGCGGCGCUGGCCGCCGCGGCCGCCACGCCCGCCCAGGGCGCCGCCACCGCCUCUGGAGGCCCCGGGGGCAGCGAGGUGCGCUCCCCAUCCCGCGGCAGCGACGCCGGCGGCAGCGGGCGGCAGCGGGCGGCGGGCAGCGGAGCGGGCAGGCAUGGGGGGCUGGCCAAGACGACCUCGGAUGCAGCGACGGCGGCCGCCGCCGCGGGCGGGAUGGCCGCGGCGGCGGCGGCGGCGGCGGCUACCCUGCCAGUGGUGGAGGAGCCAGAGGGGCAGCAUGACCCUGCAUCUGGCAGCGCCCUGGUGCCUGCAGCAGCCGACCGGGCAAAGGCAUUCCAGCAGCAGCAGCAGCAGCAGCAGCAGCAGCAGCAGCAGGGGCAGACGCCCUCCCCCCUGUCGGCCAUCGAGCAGCUGGCUCGCUUGCAGCAGCUGCACCAACUGGAGCAGCAGCACGAGCUGGCACAGCAGCAGCAGCUGUUGCUGCAGGCCGUGCAGGAGAAGCAGCGGUGGCACGAGCAAGAGCAGGCGCUGCUGCUGUCGGUGCUGCAGCGGCAGCAGAGCCUGGAGUCGCUCCCAGCGCUCCCGCCCAGCCUGGCUCUGGCGGCCACGGCUCAGGCCGCGUCGCAGCCGCCCGCCUCGCAGCAAGCAUUGCAGGGCCUGCUGCAAGCGCUCGGCGGUACAGGAGGUGGCAGCGCCAGCCUCCCGGCAGCUUCCCUGUCCUCCCCUGACCUGGGCGCUCUGGCAGCCAGGCUGCAGCAGCAGCUGCAAGCGGCAGGCACCCAGCAGCAGCAGCAGCAGCAGCAGCAGCAGCAGCAGCAGCAGCAGCAGCAAGCGCCCCUGGAACGCCUGCUGCUUGCCCAGCUGGCCGCGCAGCAGCAGGCACAGCAGCAGGCACACACCGGGCUGCCGCUGGCCGCCCCGCUUCAGCACCAGUGGGCCCUGCUGGCAGGCUCAGACGGCGGCAGCGGCAGCGCGCUGUCUGGCCACAAGCGCGGCAGCGAUGAGCUGGAGUCGGCCAUGCAGCAGCUGCUGGCUGCGCAGCAGCAGGCGGCGCCGCAGCCACAGGCGAGCAACCUGCAGCAUGCCUGCGCACAUGCCUGUGAAGAGAGCACCUUGCCAGCCAUGUUGCACAUCUCCAGGGGUGAGUUCCUUUCCCUGGUGGCCAAGCGUGCCCGCAUGCUGGCGGAGGCCGCCUCGGCAGCGCUCCUGGUGCUGCCUGGCGGGGAUCGAGCGGGCAGCGCACCCGCCGCGGCAGCGCCCGCGCCGUCGGCGGCAGGCGCUGCCGCCCCUGCAGUGCCCGGCGACACCACGGCGCCAGCCCCGGCCUCGGCGGCGGGUGCGGGGGGGGAGCCAGGCGGGGCGCCUGUAGCAGCGCCCGCGCGCUCCCGUGGCGGCGCCCAGCCGGAAGGUGAGCCAGCAGCAUCCGGGGGCGCCGCCGCCGAGGGCGCAGCAGCCAGCGGCGGCUGCGAGCCGGGCGCGCGGCGGCAGCAGCCAGCGCCGCCGUAG